GUCAAUUUUGGAGGAUGAAAAGUUGAUCGGUGUUAUUUUCAACACUUUCCCAAUUAGAAUGCAAAAUCUGAAUUGUAAUGUGGGAUUUUGAUCUGCAAUUGCGUUUAAUCAGAUACUAUAAAGUUUGAACGUCGUCGUCGCCGUCGUCGUCUGUAGCGAUUAGCGAUUAGCAAUUAAAGCAAUUGGGCAAAUUUAUAAUCGACAAAUGGUCAGUGUAGGAUUCAAAAAUCUGAAAUCUAAUGGUGGGAAAUCGAGACCACCGGCCGCAACUGCCUCUCUUUGGUGGAGGGAGGUCGUCUUCCUCAACCUCCUUAGCACCUCCAACUUCAUGGGCUUCCACAACCUCCGUUUCUGCUUCAGGCAAGAGAAUCCAAAGAGAAAUGACUGAGUUUAACUUAGACCCGCCUUCCGAUUGCUCCGCCGGCCCUAAGGGUGACAAUCUUUACCACUGGUUCGCUACCAUCUUUGGCCCUCCAGGAACACCAUAUGAAGGUGGCAUAUUUUUCCUGGACAUAAUUUUUCCAAGUGAUUAUCCAUUUAAUCCUCCAAAGGUUGUAUUUAAAACCCGAAUCUACCACUGCAAUGUCGACUCUGCUGGUAAUGCAAGUUUGGACAUUUUGAAGGAUAACUGGAGUCCUGCGUUAACCAUCGCAAAGGUGUUAAUUGCAGUGAAAUCAAUUUUUGCAAAUCCCAACCCUUAUGAUCCAAAUGCACCUGGUGUUGCUCACUUGUACUUGGCAGACAGAGCUAAACACGACGAGAUAGCUGCUGAGUGGACGCUACGUUUUGCUAAGUGAAUGGAACCUCAAACCACCAAUAUUCAUGGCAUUCUACUUGUUUGGAUAUCAUUUUCUGAAAUUGCUUCCAAUUCUCUCCCUUUACUUGGUAAUUUACUUUGUGUUUUUGCAAGAAGUUAUCAAGAACCCUGGAAAGCAAAUUCUGAGAACUGCACAUGGAAUGGAGUACAACCUGAAAGUACUUGGAUGCAUAAGCGGAUAGUAUGAAUGAUUUGUAGCCUGUUCUAUAUGUGUUGAUGUUCUUUUGAAGUGUUCAAGGUGCACUAAAACUUAUAGUUAUAGCCUUUCGGAAUUUAGGUGUCAAUUGUAGGAAAACCAAUGAUUAUAUAUAUACUGAUGCAUAUAUAAUAGUCUCUUGGAGGUUCUUGGAUGAUUCAAAAGAU